AAAAAAGAUCACCGACCAUCGGCGCCGAGAAAGUUUAAAUGUGCGGAAUUAUGCCCGAACCCGCCGCGUUAAAACGUCAUCGCUUCCCCAAUUUCUAUUCUCCAAAAAGAAACUCCAACAACCAAAACCUCAACUACAAUAUCAUUUUUUAUACGUCACGUAACACCAAUUGCGCAACUUACCAUACCGAGGAUUACCUACACGGUACGGUACUUGAGUCGCGCGAUCUAUCAUCUUGUCCACGAUGAGAGCCUCGCUGUUGCCGCAAAGGCCGCUCCAGCGCGUCGGCAACGCCUGCACACGACAGCAGCGCAACCAUGCGACAACAACGAGCAUCAGCCCCGUCGCCUCCGUGGCAGCACCCAACCAAGCCCAUCGCUCCCGCCAAAGCGCCAGUCUCAGACCAUCCAUGCGCCAGAAUGCAAGCAUAAGCAUGCCACCGCAAACAGGGAGAAGAAACCUAUCCAGCAGCGCGGCGACCCCGCAACCCAGCCCCUCCGCUACUGAGCAACAAACACAACAACCUCAGCCACAAGAGCAGCCGAAGAAAGGGGAAGAUGCAGGAGGUGCAGGAGGAGUGGAGCAAGUAAAAUCGCACUACGCCCUGUUCCCGCAAACCCUCCCCCUCGGCCCUCCCCCCUCCGGCCCCUUCGCCAUCGACGUCCGCGCCCUGCGCCGCGAAUUCCUCACCCUCCAAGCCUCCGCGCACCCGGACGUCGUGCCCUCCGGCCCCCUCCGCCGGCGCGCCGAGGCCGUCUCCAGCCGCAUCAACGAGGCCUACCGCACGCUCGCCGACCCUCUACAACGCGCCCAGCACCUGCUAUGGCUACAUACCGGGGUAGACGUCGCGGCCGAGGAGACGGGGAAGGUCGAGGACCCGGAGUUGUUGAUGCUGGUGCUGGAGACGAGGGAGGCGAUUGAGGAGGCGGGGGAGGAGGGGGAGCUGGAGGGGAUUAGGGCGGAGAAUGAGGAGAGGAUUAGGGGGAGUGAGGAGGUGCUGGGGAGGGCGUUUGAGGGGGGCGAUUGGGAGGGCGCGAGGAGGGAGGUGGUGAGGUUGAGGUAUUGGGUUAAUGUGAGAGAGAGUAUUAGGAAUUGGGAGAGGGGGAAGCCGGUUGUGUUGCAGCAUUAGGGGCUGUGGGGAGAAGUGUGAGAGGUGGGUAGGGGGAGAAGAGAAGAGAAGAGUGAAGAGUGAGGUUUGUACAUAUGUACUAUUACGACGAUGAAGGCCUGCGAGGCUAUGAGUAACUAUGGCCUAGGCUAGAAAAAUUACAGAGAUACCAUGGUGUGGUGGUGUUAAGGGGCGGGCGUUUGUGUACUUAGUGCCCAGUACCCGCUGGGUGCUUGAGAAGCAUUGGUAUGGCUCAUGGCUGUAACUACACAACUUCUAUCUACCUAUAUAGAGAAAUCUCCCAGGUGGUGUUAACAGCCGAGAAGAGAACAGAACAGAGCACUACCUAACCUAGGUACUCAACUUAAUAUGUACUCUGUUGAUAUACUUUAUUGAUGCUCAUGGAAUGCAGUUACGGAUAAUUAUAUGUGCCCACUAUGAGGUUGCUGGGCGAUUACCUAGGCACUAUCAGG